UAAUUCGAUUAAGUUAAUAUGGCGUACUGUAGUUGGAAUGGCAGUGAAAAAUAUAAAGAUCAUUUUAGUGACGUUGGUGUUUACAAAUGUGCUAAGUGUGGCAAUGACUUGUUCACGGCUAAAAGUAAAUAUUCCCAUCACACUCCAUGGCCAGCGUUCACCAAGACGAUUCGUGAAGAUAGUGUAAGGAAAGAGAUUGAAACGGAACCACAGGAGAGUAGCAAUGCCAAGGCAAUGAAAGUUUUCUGUGGAAAAUGUGGAAAUCCUUUGGGUCAUGAGUUUAUCGGUGAUGGUCCUAAUAACUCGUCGAGAUUUUGAAUAUUUUCAAGUACUUUAGAAUUUAAAGCUGGGUAUUAAGUUUUCUGAUGCUUAAGCGUAUUUCGGCAUAAAUUGACUUGGCUGAUGUAAAUAUAAUUGUAUGAUAUUACUAAACUGUUUCACUAAAUAUAAAUGUUGCGCAUGUGUUGUCGGAUCGUGAAGAAAGUUCAACUUUUUUGAACUUUUCAAAAUUCCAUUACGUUUUUGUUUAAGUGCAAUGGUAAAAAACGUAUUAAGUGAAUUGACUGGACAAUUCUCUAAACUCAAAUACAAUUCCAGAAGUUUUCUGCUUAUUGUCGAUCUAAAAAAUUAGAUACGAACUUUUUGCCAUUUUUUGUGAACGUUUAACGUAAGCGAACAUGAAUAUUUUGAAAUUUCAUCUGGCAACACUAAGUCUGCCUUUCUGUAUCUUAGAAGAAUGUAUCUUAAACGCUAUACACUGUGUAUAAAAAAGAUAAACUUAAGAAAUUGACGGAUUGUGAUUCACUGUCUAUCUUUGUGCUAAGUUCAUCUCUAUAUCUUUUUACUGGCCCAAAAGUUUUUUCGCCCUUUGGAGUUUGACAUAAGUUCUAACAGCGCAUGCAACAAACACAGUUAUGCACUGAUGGCAUUAGCACAGUGAUCAGGCACUGAAAUUUCACAAAGGUCAGCCUCGAAAUGUCUUCUUUUUUUUAUACACUCUGUGUAAGAGCGUCAUAUUUUUAUGGAACGUCCUCGUGUAGCUAAUGACGUAGUCAUAUUUUUAUGGAACGUCCUCGUGUAGCUAAUGACGUAGUCAUAUUUUUAUGGAACGUCCUCGUGUAGCUAAUGACGUAGUCAUAUUUUUAUGGAACGUCCUCAUGUAGCUAAUAACGUAGUCAUAUUUUUAUGAAACGUCCUCCUGUAGCUAAUGACGUAGUCAUAUUUUUAUGAAACGUCCUCAUGUAGCUAAUGACGUAGUCAUAUUUUUAUGGAACGUCCUCGUGUAGCUAAUGACGUAGUCAUAUUUUUAUGAAACGUCCUCAUGUAGCAAAUAACGUAGUCAUAUUUUUAUGAAACGUCCUCAUGUAGCAAAUGACGUAGCAAGUUCAAAACCAAAUAUUUGGAGGACUAGUUACCGAAGAGAUUUAUGGUGGGGCUCGAUAUUAUUAAAAUGUACUUGUCUAAAAUGAA